GGGUCCCAGCGGAGCCGGGGGUCCCAGCGGAGCCGGGGGUCGCACCGGAGCCGGGGGUCCCAUGGAGGCCGAAGGCUUCGCCCCCUGCCACGCGCCCGCGCUGCAGACCAAGGUGUUCCGGUACCGGCUCUGGGACGUGAACCAGCGGUCGCUGUACCUGCGCGGUGACCAGCUGGUGGCCGGGCACCUGCAGGGCGCCAACGCCGCGCUGGAAGAGAAGGUGUUCUGGGUGCCCAACCGCGCCCUGGAGCCCGCCCGGCUGCCGGUGAUCCUGGGCAUCCGGCACGGCUCCCGCUGCCUGCGCACCGAGCGCGGCCCCGCCGGAGAGCCGCGGCUGCGGCUGCAGGACGUGGACAUCCGGGAGCUGCCCCGCGCCGGGGACAGCGCGGCCGCCUUCACCUUCUUCCGCUCCUACCGGGACGGGCUGUGGCGCUUCGAGUCGGCCGCGCACCCCGGCUGGUUCCUGUGCACGUCCCCGCGCGGCCACCAGCCCCUGGCGCUCUGUGGCCACCGCGAUGUCACCUCCCACCUGCUCGACUUCUACUUCCAGCUCUGCUGAGCGCCCCCCGCCCCCGCGCGGCGACAGCGGAGCCCCAGGGUGGUGGCAUCUGCCUCGGGAGGGUGGCAUAGCCCCCAGGGUGGUGGCAUCUUCCCGGGGAGGGUGGCAUAGCCCCCAGGGUGGUGGCAUCUUCCCGGGGAGGGUGGCAUAGCCCCCAGGGUGGUGGCAUCUUCCCGGGGAGGGUGGCAUCUGCCCCAGGAUGGUGGCAUCUUCCCGGGGAGGGUGGCAUAGCCCCCAGGGUGGUGGCAUCUUCCCGGGGAGGGUGGCAUAGCCCCCAGGGUGGUGGCAUCUUCCCGGGGAGGGUGGCAUAGCCCCCAGGGUGGUGACAUGUUCCUGGGGAGGGUGGCAUCCUCACCCCAGGGUGGUGGCAUCUUCCUGGGCAGGUGCCAUCUCACCCAGGAAAGUGACAUCCUCAUCCCAGGGUGGUGGCAUCGCCCUGGAGAGGGUGGCAUCCCCCCCCCCCAGGAUAGUGACAUCCUCAUCCCGAGGAUGGUGACAUCUUCCCGAAGAGGGUGGCAUCCUCAUCCCAGGGUGGUGGCACCUUCCCGGGGAGGGUGGCAUAGCCCCCAGGGUGGUGGCACCUUCCCGGGUAGGGUGGCAUCUCCCCCAGUGUGGUGACAUCCUCACCCAGGGAUGGUGACAUCCCCCUGGGGAGGUGCCACCCCCCCCUCCCCAGGAUGGCGACAUCCUCCCCCAGGGCUGGUGACAUCCUUGCUCCUCGGCGACAUCUUCCCCAGGACGGUGACAUCCAUCCGGGGUUGUGCCAUCCCCCCUUCCCCGGGGGGUGCCACCCCCUUGGCGACAGCGACAUCCCUCCCUGGGGGUGGUGCCACCCCCGCGGGGCGGUGCCAUCCCCCUGGGGACGGCGACAUCCCCCUGGGGACAGCGACAUCCCCCUGGGGACAGCGACAUCCUCACCGGAGCGCGAAUAAAGAGAUGCCGAGGCCACGCGGUGUCCGAGCGUGCGUGGCACACGGGUGGCACAGGGGUGGCACACGGGUGGCACAGGGGUGGCACAGGGCGGGGCUGGUGGCCCCGCGGGAUGUGUCACCGCGGCGCAGGGGUGGCCGCUCUUGCGCCACCCGCGCGAUGGGGACAGAACGGGACAUCCCCGGGCGGCGGUGACGCGGCCCCUUCCCGGAUCCCGCCCGGGGACAGAGGGUGGCACCGCGGGCACGGGGGACACGCGACACGGGGGACACGGGGGACAGCGAGUGCGGGGCAGCAGGGACAGGAAACGGUGGCAUUUUGGGGACAGGGCACAUGGCAUUUUGGGGACGACAGGGACAGGUGGCAUCUGGGGACAGGGAAUAAGGGACAAUGGGGACAGGGCAGGUGGCAUUUGGGGGACAGGGAAUAAGGGACAAUGGGGACAGGGAAGGUGGCAUUUGGGGACAGGGAAUAAGGGACAAUGGGGACAGGGAAGGUGGCAUUUGGGGACAGGGAAUAAGGGACAAUGGGGACAGGGAAGGU